AUGAGCAAAGACGACCGCAGUCCCGAAGUGUUCGCCGUGGCUGCACUGUUCUUUGUGCUCACAUGGACGACUGUUCUCCUACGGAUCUACGUACGCGCAGUACUGAUGAAGACAUGGGGAAAAGAUGACUCGUACAUGGUUGCGGCACUAUUGACGUUCACUGUAUACCUACCAUGUCAGAUCAUUGCCGCGAUGCACGGAACUGGUCGCCAUCGAUGGGAGUUGAGCGAUAGCGAUGCGAAGACAGCACUCUUGUUCUGGUACCUGUGCGAGCUGUUCUACGUGAUGGCGAACUGUCUGCUCAAGUUUGCCAUCGGCUACUUCUACCUGCGGGUCGCGAUUGAGCGCUGGCACAUUUGGGCCAUCCGGAUACUCAUGCUAGGCACUGUUCUAUGCGGUCUUGUCUACUUCUUUCUAGUCUUGCUUCAAUGCAUUCCCAUUUCGGACUUUUGGAACGUGCACCCCGCCUCAGACAGAUGCAUACACAACGGGCCAACUCUGGGGAUUACUUAUGCCCUCGCCGCCAUCAACGCAAUGGCUGAUUGGGCAUUCGGCUUGCUUCCUUUCUUCAUCGUCUGGGGCUUGGAGAUGAGGACCAAGACAAAGCUAUUGGUCGCCGGUAUUCUUGCAUUCGCAGCGAUUGGAAGCACCGGUACAGCGAUCCGCAUGGCGUACAUUCACACACUCGUCCAAGGCCCCGACUUCUUGUAUGCUACAACUGACGUCGCCUUGUGGAGCACUAUCGAACCCGGGAUCGUCAUCACCGCAGGCAGCAUCGCGACACUCCGUCCGCUCGUCCGCCACUGUCUAUGGAAGAUGGGUCUAGCCGACGCACCCCGUGAAGAACGGGGCCGCAACUACUACCCUUCACAAGAAGGUGGUCGCAUACGAAAAAAACAUCGCCGCGGAUAUCGCCGUAGUUUGAGCCCUUCUGAUCUAGUCCCUACAAUUCCUGGUACCAUGACUACCAUACAGAUUCAUGGACCUCACGACAUAGACCUGGAAGAGAACCUGUCCCCGCCGAAAAUUGUCGUUACAGACGAAGAUGUACCGGAAACUCCAGAGGGGCAGAUUAUACACACUGUCACGGUUCAGCAACAAUACGAGGGCCCUGCGAAGCUUCCCGAAGCACCUCCGAGGCUUCAACUGCGCGACAGCCUCAGACAUAGCUUCACUCGCGGGAGUAUUCUGAGCCCUGUAUUCCGAGUGCCCGAGUGA